UGGCACAUUGUCAAAAUGCUCAACCGUUGUUUUCUUAAUCCUUACCUAUGGGCUGAAAUAUGUGCCACCAGAAACUGAAUUUGAAUCAUUUAUAUUUGAAUUUGAAUUUAUUAGUUUGGAACUGAAGUCCAAUAAAAUUGGAUCCUCAAUGAAAAUUCAACUCUCUCUACAUAUUCACAUUCAGUUCUCACAAUUCAAAUUCAGUUCUCAAAAUUCAAUUUCAAGUUACUGUGACAGACAUCCGGGUAGUUGAAGGAUGCAGAAUGAGCAAUCGAGCGCAGACACACAGGACUCCUCUUCGGCCAAUCAGCACCUAUGUUUUUUAAGCACAGUAUGCUUUCUACCCGCCAUAAAAACGGAGAACUCGCCUUGCCUUGACUGGAGUGAGAAUGGAUUCGGCUGGGACAAAUACGAACAUUGUCAUUCAGGAGUGCUUGGCCAGACUGAGGGAAAGACUGCAGUGUGCCCUCAACAACAACCCUCCUGAUCUUGACUAUUUAGAAUAUAUAGUUACCCAAGAGAGGACCUUCAUAGAUGCAAUGGAGAAUGUAGCUCUGCCUAAUGAUAUAUGUGAAACCCUCCAUCAACUGAGCAGUUUGUUUGACUUGCGGAAUAAACCUCCCCCCUCAAUAUCUGUGGUGAGGAGUAUAGGUCCCCAUGGACGUUUAAGACUACAGGUCACAGAGGACCACCUCCAAAGUCUUCUUCAUUUAGGUCUACCUGCCACAUGUGGUAGCAGACAUUCUUGGAGUCUCAAGAAGAACCAUAUACAGGAGGAUGCAGGAGUACAACAUGUCAGUUAGGAGUCUGUAUUCCACCAUGACUGAUGAUGCUCUGGAUAAUGAAGUGAGAGCCAUCAAAUCUAGACUACCUCAUGCUGGAUACCAGAUUGUCAAGGGGUGUCUUGAAGCAGAGGGCCACCAUGUACAAUGGACCAGACUCAAGGCCUCUAUGCAUAGACUUGAUACAGAGGGCAUCUUAUCAAGAAUGACAAGUAUGGGCUGUGUUGUUCGUCGAAAAUACUGUUUUCAAGGCCCACAUUUUCUGCAGCACAUAGACACCAAUCACAAACUCAUUAGAUAUAACAUGGUGAUAUUCGGUGGCAUCGAUGGCUACUCUAGGAAGAUCAUGUACCUCAAUGCUGGAUCCAACAACACAGCAAGCACUGCACUUCAGUAUUUUCUGGAUGGAGUGAGGAGAUUUGGAUGGCCUUACAAGGUAAGAGGUGACCAGGGUGUUGAAAAUGUCAGCAUUGCACAGAUGAUGUUCACUGUGAGAGGCACAGGACAUGGAAGCUUUAUAAGUGGAAAAAGCGUGCACAACCAGAGAAUCGAACGUCUAUGGAGGGACGUUUGGACAGGAGUUACACACAUUUACUAUGACGUAUUACACAACCCGGAGGAAGAUGGAUCCCUCGACAUCUCGGAUAACCUUCAUCUCUUCUGUGCUCAGUACACCUUCCUCCCCCGACUCAAGGCUGAUUUGGCCAAGUUUUCUGCUGGAUGGAAUGAUCAUCCUAUCAGGACAGAGGGCUUCUUCUACUACCAGCUAUGGGAGCUUGGGAUGCUGCAGCACCCCAUCAGAGAGCCUGAGAUGUCUCAGGAAAAUGUGGCAGGUCUCCAAAUUGAGCAUAUUGAUUGGGAGAGCUCAGUGCUCUCUCAUGACAACUCUGCCAACCCAGGUGUUACCGUGCCAGAAAUUGAAUGUCCAUUGAAGACCGAGGACAUUGAAGCUCUAUGUCUUGCCGUUGAUCCCCUUUCUCAUUCAAUUAGUUUUGGAAGAGACAUUUAUUUGACCACGCUUGCACAUGCCUUGUACCUACUUCACCAUCAUUGACAGUCGUGUACCAAUCCGAGAAACUAAUUGAAA